AUGACGGUACACUCGCAUUCGGGAGAGAAGGUUCCGUCGCGAAAUGUAGGCGGUGUUGGUUUCGUUGUGCACCCAUCUGUCGUCCAUCUCGUCGAUUCUCACGAGAUCCGUCACCUCGUCUGGCCAUUCUUCGCCUCCACCCUCUGCGCCAAAAAUCCAUCAGUAUCAUCAACUGCUAUUCACCAACAUCAGCAGCUGAUGAUCCGAAUGGACGCGUUUUACGAGGAGCUGGAGGAACCACACGAUGGAAAAGAACAUCUGCUAUCGGCAACGAAGGAGAAAGAAGUCGUCUACGACGAUUGCGUACUCGAGGACUCCCUGUCCCAAGGUGACUGGCACAUCGAGGAGGACCCAAACGUGGACUACGAGAUGCUGCUCAGAGGAUUACGAGCCUGUGCUGAACGUGCCUCGAAGUCGCGCACGACAAACUUGGAUCGAAUUUCGAAGACCACCAAGGAAUUGUUAGGAAGAAGAAGGGCUUUGAGGCUUGAUCCGAAUGCAUCGCACAUUGAGCGGCAGAAGAAGAUUCUAGAAGCAGCACAAAGAAGAACGAGUCUAAAGAAGUGCCGCAGGGAUCUCCGCGAAUAUAAUGUUCCGCUAGCAACCUUGCUGAGCGAAGACGGGACUCGCACGUCUUCUCGUCGUGGGAUGGAAAUCAUUACGGAGAGGUUCUACUCGAACCUUUUCCGUUCAUCCACUCCUGUGUCAAGCCCAAUCAUCCCCACUGGCGAAGCUCCACCACGGAUUCUCCCUUCGGAAGUACGAGUCGCUAUCAAGAGCAUGAAACCUGGCACAGCCCCGGACCUGAUUUUAUUUCAGCAGACUUUCUUCGGGCUGAAAGAAAGGAUCCCAGACCAGUGGAAGACCUCGCGAACCGUUCUUAUCCAUAAGAAAGGUGACCGAGAGGACCUUCGGAACUACCGUCCGAUAUGCUUGCUGAGCGUGUUAUACAAAGUAUUCACCAAGAUCAUCCUCACACGCAUAUCUAGGACGUUGGAUGAAGCCCAGCCUCAAGAACAAGCUGGAUUCCGCCAAGGGUUCAGCUGCUUGGACCACAUCCAGACCGUGUCGAGGGUCAUAGAGGUUUGUCGGGAAUACCGCCUGCCCCUUGUUCUAACCUUCGUCGACUAUGAGAAAGCCUUUGACAGCGUAGAAACGAAUGCAAUACUGUCAGCGCUGGUCGAUCAAGCUUUUCCACCGCCCUCUCACCAUACCCAUUGGAAAGGGGUACGACAAGGCGAUACUAUAUCGCCGAAGCUGUUCACGGCUGCAUUGCAAUGGAUAAUGAAAUCACUAUCCUGGGAAGAAAGGGGCAUACGUGUUGAUGGAAGAUUUCUUUCGAACCUUCGUUUCGUGGACGACAUCGUUCUCUUUUCGAGCAGUACCAAUGAAGCAGAAACGAUGCUUAACGAAUUGAACGAAGCAGGGAAGAGAAUAGGACUACGAAUAAACCGAAAGAAGACACAGUUCAUGAAGAACGCGCACUGCGAGGACGGAGGAGUACAACUUGAAGGUUCCCAAAUCGUGGAAACUCCGUCAUACGUAUACCUCGGACGUUCUAUGAACAUGGAAAACGACUUGAAGGAAGAACUGAAUAGAAGAAUGAGAGCAGCAUGGGCAGCAUUCGCAGCCGUCAGGGAAGCUACGGACCAACUGACGGACCAUGAUCUUCGUGCCCAUCUGUUCGACUCGACAGUCCUUCCAGCGCUCUGUUACGCAGCGGAGACGUGGGCAGACACCGCGGCCACGUCUAGGAAGCUACUUACUACCCACAGAGCCCUUGAGAGAUGUCUCCUGAAGUUUAACCGGCGCACACAACACCUUGCCGGUCUUCGUAGCUCCGACUUAAGAGGAAUGUCCCGUCUUCGCGACCCAGCGGAAUAUGUAUCGAAAGCAAAACAUAGAUGGGCCGGUCACAUCAUGAGAAGAAUCGACGAUAGAUGGACUAAAAGAACGCUAGAGUGGAUCCCAAGGACGCUAAACGCCCCCGAGGAGACCGCCAACGAGAUGGAGUGA